AUGAAAUUUGAGGAUCUCUUGCUGGAAAUUGGCAGCUUCGGCAGAUUCCAGAUUUUGAUUUUGUUUAUCCUCUGCCUCCCAAGAAUCAACCUUCCCAUGCAUUUUCUGCUGCACAAUUUUCUUGCUGCUACUCCCUCUCAUCACUGUGCGGUUCCACACCAAGAGGCAUUUGUGAACCUCACCGUGGAGGAAGUUCUGCUCAUCAGCAUCCCCCAGGAGCCUGAUGGCACUUUCAGGUCCUGUGAGAUGUUCUCGCAGCCUCAGUUUCACCUGCUGCUCAAUUCCUCUCUGCAACCAGAAAACGACUCCAUCAUUCAGCCCUGCCAGCACGGAUGGGUCUAUGACCACUCGCAGUUCGCCUCCACCAUCUCCACCCAGUGGGACCUCGUGUGCGAGCAGCGUGGACUGAACCAGGCGACAGCAACCUUCUUCUUCAUUGGCGUGACGAUGGGGGCCGUGGUCUUCGGAUACCUUUCAGACAGGCGUGUGAAUAGGGGAGAUGCCAUCUACAUGGAUUUCAAGAAGUUUCCUUACAAAAGACUGAGAAAGGAAGAAACUGGGCUGCCCUAG